CACACGGAACCGAGCCGCUGCUGGACCUCCACUGGCGAACAUCAGCGGUGAGCACCAGUGGUGGCCGGUGGGCAUGGUUUUAAAGGGUAGCUCAGAGGCACUGUGUCCCCCCCCUUCUCUGGAGCUGCGUCCAUCCUGCAACAAGAGCCAGUCCUCACCUCCUUUGGACUCAAGCUCACAGCCACACAACGGAGUAUUUCCUGAGGACAAGGAGCCUGUCAAGUAUGGGGAACUCAUCAUACUGGGGCACAAUGGGUCACUGGCCAACGGAGACAAAGGUCGUAGGAGAAGCCGCCUUGCUCUUUACAAGAGACCUAAAGCCAACGGGGUCAAACCUGAUGUCAUCCAUAAUGUCUCCACACCUCUGGUGUCAAAGGCUCUUAGCAACAAAAGCCAGCAUAGCAUCUCCUACACACUGUCUCGGAGCCACUCUGUCAUCGUGGACUACACAAAUGACAUCAACACAGACAUGUUUCAGAUUGGCAGAUCUACAGAGAGCAUGAUUGACUUUGUGGUUACGGAUACGGCGGGCAGCAUCAAUGGUCAUGGUGGGGGUGCGGCGGUGGAGGGCGGAGUUCAGUCGGCUCAGAGCACCAUCUCUCGCUAUGCCUGCCGCAUCAUGUGUGAACGCAGCGCUCCCUUCACAGCUCGCAUCUACGCUGCUGGCUUUGACUCCUCUAAAAACAUCUUCCUAGGGGAAAGAGCAGCCAAAUGGAGAACAUCUGAUGGUUUGAUGGACGGCCUCACCACCAAUGGAGUCCUGGUGAUGCACCCAGCAGGGGAGUUUGUUUCUGAAACGGCUCCUGGUGUCUGGAGGGAGAUCUCAGUCUGUGGCAACGUCUUCGCCCUGAGGGAGACCCGCUCCGCCCAGCAGAGGGGAAAACUGGUGGAGAAUGAGUCAAACACCCUUCAGGAUGGUUCUUUGAUUGAUCUAUGUGGAGCCACCCUGCUUUGGAGGACCUCUGCUGGACUGCGUCAUAUUCCCACUCUUAAACAGCUGGAGUCCCUGCGGCAGGAGCUGAAUGCUGCCCGGCCUCAGUGCCCUGUGGGCUUCAACACCCUGGCCUUUCCCAGCCUGGCGCAGCGUGAGAUCGUUGACAAGAAGCAGCCCUGGGUCUACGUCAACUGCGGCCAUGUGCACGGUUACCAUAACUGGGGCUAUCGCAAGGACAAAGGACACACCAGCUCAGGGGGCACAGCCCCAGGAGGCACUGGCGAGAGGGAGUGUCCUAUGUGCCGGAAGGUGGGCCCCUAUGUGCCUUUGUGGUUAGGCUGUGAGGGCGGAUUGUACUUGGAUGCGGGGCCCCCUACUCAUGCUUUCUGCCCCUGUGGCCAUGUGUGCUCAGAAAAGACAGUGGUGGGGUGGAGCCAGAUCCCAUUACCCCAUGGUACGCAUGCCUUCCAUGCUGCCUGCCCCUUCUGUGGGACCUGGCUGACAGGGGAGCAGGGCCACGUUAAACUCAUCUUCCAGGGCCCCGUGGACUGAAACACACCUGUGGUUUGUUUCUGGACAGGAUAUUAAAGAACUUGUUGACUGAAGAAUAGACAGGAGCCGAAAUGUGAAUGUGAUGAUGACAAACCCAGAAUGACACGAUCCAGCUAACAACAACAGAAGAUGCAAAGGCUUGGAAUGGAAAGGGUGUUUG